AUGUCUGGGGACGUGGAGGACGACGUCUGCCGCCGGGCGCUGGGGCUCGUGCACGAGCUCUGCUUCGCCCCCCCCCCGGGCCCGGCCCCCCCCCGAGACCUGCCUGGAGUUCAGCGACAUCCUGAGGCAGCGCGGGCACCCCCCCCCCGCAGCACGGUCAGUGCUGGGGACCCCAUGGGCUGCUAUGGACCCCCCAUGGACCCCUAUGGACCCUUCAUGGCCCCCCCCAUGGACCCCUAUGGACCCCCCACUGACUCCUAUGGACACCCCAUGGCCCCCCCCAUGGACCCCUAUGGAACCCCCAUUGACUCCUAUGGACCCCCCAAUGGACCCCUAUGGACCCCCCAUGGACACCCCCAUGGACCCCCCAUUGAGGUCUCUGUCAGCCUCCUCUCUGUCAUCGUCACCUUCUGUGGCCUGGUGCUCCUGGGGGUCUCCCUCUUCGUGUCCUGGAAGCUCUGCUGGGUGCCCUGGCGCCAUAAAGAGGGCUCCGGGGGGGGCCCCCCCCGCAAGGAGCCCCCCCACAUCGGGGGGGGCCUCUUUGGGGACCCCCUCUAUGAGAGAGGGGAGCAAGGAGGGGUACCCCAGGAUGGGGGCGGGGAGGUGACGGCGCUGGGAACAAUGAGCAGGGCCACCUCGGUGCAGGUGGGGGUGGCCGGAAGCACCUCCGAGGACCCCCCCCCUCCCUUACUGGGCCAGAUCCAACCCGAGCUCUAUGGCGCCUCCUCCCCCAUCCCCAUCCCCCCCUCGGGCUCCUCCGCUCCCCCCGUGGCCCCCCCCACCUCCCCCCCGGCCCCCGGUGGUACCGGCACCGGUUCCCGCGGCCGCCUGUGUGUGUCCCUGCGCUACUCCUUCGGCUCCCAGCAGCUGGUGGUGCGCGUGCUGCGCGCCACGGACCUGCCCCCCCGCGGCCCCCGCGGCACCACCGGGGACCCCUACGUGCGCAUCCACCUGCUGCCCGACCGCAAGCGCAAGUUCCAGACGCGGGUGCAGCGGCGCACGCGGGAGCCGGUGUUCGACGAGAGCUUUGCGUUCGCGGUGCCGUUCGCGGAGCUGCCCGCACGGCGCCUGCACUUUGGGGUCUAUGACUUCGAGCGCUUCGGGCGCCACGAGCUGGUUGGGAGUGUGGUGAUGGGGAACCUGCUGGAGGCUGCGGAGAGGGGGCCCGAGGCGCCCAUAUGGAGGGACAUCGAGGAGGGAGGAGGGGAGAAGGCUGACCUGGGUGAGCUCAACUUCUCUCUGUGCUACCUCCCGACCGCCGGGCGCCUCACGGUCACCAUCAUCCGCGCUGCCAACCUGCGCGCCAUGGACCUCACCGGGCUCUCGGACCCCUAUGUGAAGGCAUCUCUGAUGGCCGAGGGUCGGCGCCUCAAGAAGCGCAAGACAUCCAUCAAGAGGAACACCCUGAACCCCAGUUACAACGAGGCGCUCGUCUUCGAUGUCUCACAUGACAGUGUGCACCACGUCAGCAUCACCCUCGCCGUGCUCGACUACGACUGCAUAGGGCACAAUGAGGUGAUCGGGCUGUGCCGCGUGGGCAGCGAUGCUGAGGGCGCCGGACGUGAGCACUGGGCCCGGAUGCUGCAGAACCCGCGGCAGCCGGUGGAGCACUGGCACACACUGGUGGAGGAGAAGGCGCUGGGGCUGCCAAAGGGCUCCACGAGGGACAAGCACGGGGACAGGGCAGAGGCCUCCUGAACUGGCUCCAGCCCGGCCCGGGGGGGGCCCCAACACCGAAGCCAUACGGGGACCCCCUCCCAGCUCGACAUGGGGGGGCCCGGCCCCCCCCCACUGUGACCCCCAACUCCGGGGGGGGGGG